AUGGUAACUUUCGCCAGCGAGGAGGGGGAACCCGACGUCCUCAACACCGUGCAGGUGGCGCCGCUGGUCCAUCUCAACCGCGCCCAUGCCGUCAUCUACUCCUGUGCCAUCCUGGGCCUCCUCUACAACCGCGCCCACUCCCUCCUCCGCUCGCCGGACCACCUCUCCUUCGCCCUCUUCCUCACCAUCACUGUCGCCGACCUGGUCUUCGCCUUCAUGUGGGCACUCGCACAGGCCUUCAGGUGGCGCCCCGUGCGCCGCCAAGAGUUCCCACAGGUUCUCGCCCGCGAGGUCCCCAGGGAGGGAUGGCCGGGCCUCGACGUGUUCAUCUGCACGGCCGACCCCUACAAGGAGCCGCCGAUGAGCGUCGCGAACACCGCCCUGUCGGCAAUGGCCUUCGACUACCCGACCGACAGGCUGUCCGUUUACAUAUCCGACGACGGGGGCUCGCCGCUGACGCUGUUCGCGUUCAUGGAGGCGGCGAGGUUCGCCAGGUACUGGCUGCCGUUCUGCCGGGAGCAGGGGCGGGUGGAGAGGUGCCCAGAGGCCUAUUUCCGAUCGGGCGCCGGCAGCGGCGGCCACUGCGAGAAGAUCAAGGUACGAAAGCGGCCCCUCCGUCUUCUUCGUUUUCCUCCUCAUCUCUUCUCUGCUACACCAACACACACGUGAUACUCUACUGCUACAAAUGGCCGCCUUGUCGUUUCCGAUUCAAUUCAUUUUUUUCCUAUUUUCUUAGCGAAUAUUCCGUCGCCCACACUUCACCUAAUCUUAUGAUAAAACCCCCAACAUACUCAAAAGCUUGAGAAAUCAUGACAAAAUGUUUUCUCUGCAACCAAGAAGGGUAUCAGGCAGAGCUCGUCAUUUUUGGUCAUUCAAAGGUAACCAUAUCUCAUCAUCCCAUUUGAGGUAGUCGGAUCUGGGACGGAAUCCUUUGGUUGGUAGCGGGCAACGUCCGCCGAAACCACCGCCAUUGGAGGAGAUAUUUGCGUCCCACUGUCCGAUCGCUUCUCUCGACCGACGCUCGGACAACGAAGGUUAUUCUGUUAUGUACAUAUAUCAGUUGACCGUGGACUCUGGAGAAGACAAAAAGAUUAGAACACCACCGGUUGCUGUCCAAGACGUGGCCUGUCUGAUCUCCUGAUUACUGCCCGUUGUCCCCGUCUUCUCUGGGUACCUCCUAUUCGGGGUGAUUUACUGUUCUUAUUUUGAAGAAGUCAUAGAUAAUAUCCUGGGAAAAUAUUUUAAAUAUGUACGAGCAAAGACCCCUUGAGAGGAACGCAUCUAAAGAGAAGCAUCUUGUCAAAUAAAAAUCCGUGAUAUAUUUAUUAAGAGGAAAAUGAUAAACAAAAGUAAGCUUUUUUUAAUGAGGAAACCAAGGUAGAUGGAUCCUUUCCUGGGUUCUUCUCUGCCGAACUCACACGUGCUGGUUUUGUUAGGGGUGAGACUCCUGGUAUCUUGUCAUAAUCAUGUCAUAAUUAUCAGUUCUGUAAGUGCACUGUUCUUCAAGUUCUCGUCGAUCGUCGAUUUUUAUUAUUUUUUGGGUCUGAAGCAGUUUGGUCUUAUUUGCAGAUAAUGUACCAGAGAAUGAAAGAGAGGGUAGAGAAAACGGUAGAGAGAGGUUGUGUUGACCCCGGCUGCAUCACCUGCGAAGAAGAGCGUGAGAUUUUCGAGAAGUGGAACUCUGGGUUCUCUCGCCAGGAACAUCCGCCUAUCAUCCAGGUCAGACAUCUCUUGAAGGUCAUGCAGAUUCGCUGUGGGAAUGCAGGACUCGCAGAGAAUACAGAUUAAGAUAAAAAAGGUCUUCUCUUUCGUGACACAGGUUUUGGCUGAUAGCAGUAAGGACCUGGACAUCUCCGACAGUCCAUUGCCCAACCUCAUCUAUGUUUCGAGAGGCAAAAGUAGAGCCUCCCCGCACCAUUUCAAAGCCGGCGCCCUCAACGCCCUGGUAAUUCUCUUACUCCUUACAUCUUGACCUAACUCGAGAAGGUUGAUGUCUAGCACCUGUGCUUGAUCAUGUGGAAGCUUCAUGGUUUAGUUUUUCUCCGAGGUUUUGCCGGAUGAAUCGCUCAGGAUUGGCCGAGCUGACCGUAAGAUAUCAAGCUUGCAGAUACGUGUGUCGAGCAUCAUGACGAAUGGGGCGGUGAUUCUGACUCUGGACUGCGACAUGUACUCGAACGAUCCCAAGGCCCCGCAGCGGGCUCUCUGCUACCUGCUGGACUCUGAGAUGUCCUACAAGCUUGCCUACGUCCAGUUCCCGCAGCGGUUCCGGGGAAUCAACAGCCACGACACCUACGGCGGCGAGCACAAGUACCUUUACCAGAUCCACCCGCAGGGGAUGGACGGCUUUCGAGGACCUUACUAUCUGGGCAGCGCCUGUUUCUUCUCCAGAGCCUGCUUCAGGGAGGCCUCUUCUCCCCCAUCACCAGCGGCGUCCCUGUCGGCGGGGAGGCUGCCCGGGGAUUCCAUAAGCUCUGAGACGGUAAUUGGGAAAGCUCACCUGGUGACAGGCUGCGACUAUGAAAGAGGCACAAGCUGGGGCUCCACGGUGAGUUCGAGCGGGCCAUUUCCCUUCUCCUUCCUUUUCUCUCCCCUUCUGAGACCUGAAAGCUUUUGCAGACUGGGAUAAGAUAUGGGUCGCUCUCCGAGGACCACAACUCGGGUUACCACAUGCUAUGCAGGGGGUGGGAGUCGGUCUUCUGCGACCCGGAGCCGCCGGCGUUCCUCGGCGACGUGCCGAUCACACUCAACGACGUGCUCAUCCAGAACAAGAGAUGGUCAUUGGGGCUUUUGCAGGUGGGCUUCUCGAGGUACUCCCCCGUCAUCUUUGGCUGCCGGUGGGCUCCCCUGCCGAUGGCUAUGUGCUACGCACGCUACGCGUUCUGGCCGAUCUGGUGCAUUCCCGUGUCGAUCUACGCCGCCCUACCGCAAGUAGCGCUGGUCUAUCAAGUUCCCCUUUUCCCGAAGGUCCUGCCGCCGUCCCCUAUACCUUGUUCAUUCCCUCUUGUGGUUGAUCCUAACUUGGAAAUCGACAACAGGCGUCGGACGCAUGGUUCUACUUGUACGCCUACCUCUUCUUGACUGCCUACGCCCAGGACCUCAUCGACUUCCUGGGAGCACGAGGGACUGUUCGAAGCUGGUGGAACGACCAGAGGAUGUGGAUGAUCCGGGCGGUCACGUCCAACCUCUUCGGCGUCUUCCAGUUCUCUCUGCAGAAGAUGGGCUUCUCUGGCUCUGGGUUCAACGUGACCAGCAAGUUGAUGGACGACGAGCAGGUAAAGAGAUACGACGGAGGCUUCUUUGACUUUGGGGCUGAAUCACCCUUCUUCGUGUCGCUGGGGACGAUCGCGGUGAUAAACCUCGUCUCCUUGGCGGUGGGUCUCGGUCGGAGCCUGAGCGGAGGCAGCCUCCAAGACAUGUUCUUACAGGUGCUCCUCUCAGGCUUCGUGGUGGUCAACUGCUGGCCAAUCUACGAAGCCUCGGUGCUGAGGGCGGACAAGGGGAGGAUGCCGGUGACGGUUAUCCGAUCCUCGCUGUUCCUCGCCGGGGUAGUGUUCUGCGCAGCGUACUUCACAUUCUCUACGGUCUAA